AUGUUAGGAAGCCCGUCGAACAACGGCGGCAUCCGGAUGCUGGUGCCCCCGAAUCCCAGCGACGAGCGCCGGGUAGAGUUCGUGGCUCUCACCGCCGUCCACACGGAGAGGAGCGAGCCGUCCAGCCCGGAGCGAGGACACCCGUCCCACCGCACGGGUCUGCUGGGCACCCCGCUGCCAGGACCCCCCGGACCCCGGGCCAACUCCUCCGUUUCAAACAAACGCUUCAGAAAGUUGCAAAACUGCCUGUACAACGUGCUGGAAAGACCAAGAGGAUGGUCGUUCAUCUACCAUGCAUUCAUUUUUUUGCUGGUGUUCAGCUGCUUGGUGUUGUCCGUGUUCUCCACCAUCCCCGACCACCAGAAGUUUGCCAACCAAGGCCUCUUCAUCCUGGAGUUUGUGAUGAUCGUGGUGUUUGGGUUGGAGUACUUCAUCAGGAUCUGGGCAGCUGGCUGUUGCUGCAGAUAUCGUGGAUGGCAGGGACGGCUGAGAUUUGCCAGAAAGCCCUUCUGUGUCAUAGACUUCAUAGUGUUUGUGGCAUCACUGGCGGUGAUAGCAGCUGGGACGCAGGGCAACAUCUUCGCCACGUCAGCCCUGCGCAGCAUGCGCUUCCUGCAGAUCUUGCGUAUGGUUCGUAUGGACCGACGGGGAGGCACCUGGAAACUACUGGGCUCAGUGGUUUACGCUCACAGCAAGGAGUUGAUUACCGCCUGGUACAUAGGUUUCCUGGUCCUGAUCUUUGCCUCAUUCCUCGUCUACCUGGCAGAGAAAGACAUCAACUCAGAUUUCAACACCUAUGCAGACUCCCUCUGGUGGGGAACCAUCACCCUGACAACCAUUGGCUACGGGGACAAGACCCCUCGUACUUGGCAAGGACGGCUCCUAGCUGCCGGCUUUGCUCUUCUGGGCGUCUCCUUCUUUGCCCUGCCCGCUGGAAUUCUGGGGUCAGGCUUCGCCUUGAAGGUUCAAGAGCAGCAUCGACAGAAGCACUUUGAGAAGAGGAGGAUGCCUGCUGCCAACCUGAUACAGGCUGCAUGGCGUCUCUACUCUACAGAUGCCAAACACUCCUAUCUGACAGCUACAUGGUACUUCUAUGACAGCAUGUUGCCUUCAUUCAGAGAGCUGACGCUACUGUUCAGUCACCUCCAGCGACAACGUAACACCAAGAAGGUCAUCCCCAACUCCCACCAAACGCUGCUGUCUGGGCUGCGGCCCUACAGCCUCCCCUACCUGUCAGGGGACAGUCAACUCCUUUCUAAAAAACGGGGUAUCUUCCGGAUUCACGCUGGCCGCAAGCAGAGCAGUAAAAUGGGCUUUCGGGAUCGAAUCAGGAUGAACAAUUCUCGAUCAUCGCAAACCAUCAGGAACAAGGCGUCGCCGCUGUCCCCGGGCGCCGGUGUCCGACACUCUCCCAGUCAGGAGAACGUCCCCGAGGCCACCAGCCCGGGGAAGGUCCAGAAGAGCUGGAGCUUUAAUGACCGCACACGCUUUCGCACCUCCCUUCGCCUCAAACCACGUCCACCUGUUGACGUGGACGGGGUUGGGGAGGACAGUGUAGAAGACAAACCAUACUGUGACGUGUCCAUGGAGGAGGUAAUCCCAGCAGUGAAGACACUCAUACGGGCUGUCAGGAUCUUAAAGUUCCUUGUGGCCAAGAGGAAGUUUAAGGAGACGCUGCGUCCGUAUGAUGUGAAGGACGUCAUAGAGCAGUACUCAGCCGGACACCUGGAUAUGCUGGGUCGUAUCAAGAGCCUGCAGAUGCGGGUUGAUCAAAUAAUUGGGCGAGGAGCCGUUCAGUCCGAUAAGAAAGCGCGUAGUGAAAAGGGAGAGAAAACGCCGCCAGAACUGGACACACUGGAUGAGCUAAGCAUGAUGGGACGUGUUGUUAAGGUCGAGAAACAGGUACAGUCUAUAGAGAACAAGUUGGACCUCCUGCUCAGCUUCUACUCCCAGUGCCUAAAGAAAGGCUCGUCCCACUUCACCCUGUCCUCCCUCCUGGACCCCGACCUGACAUCUGACUACCACAGCCCCACGGACCACAGAGACCUCUUCCCCUCCGCUAACACUCUCAACACAUCUGAGAGCGGCAACUUGGAAUGA